UUAUAAAUGAAAAAAUUUCUGUUGCAGAAGCCAUGUGGCUUUUUAAAGUCAGAGAAUGAUCUUGCCUUAAGACAUUGUGACAACACACCAAUAUUGUUCCAAAGAAUGUUUCCAGAUAGUAAAAUAAGUCAAGGUUUUACUAUGAGUCGGCAAAAAGCUUCAUAUAUUUUGCAAGAUGGCCUUGGGCCAUUGUUGGAAAAGCGUUUAUGUAAUAGUAUCACGUUAAGUUAAGGUGCAUUCACUUAAAUGUUUGAUGAAACAACUACUUCACAACAAAGAAAACAAAUGGAUCUUUUAUGUCGUUUUUGGUCAGAAGACGAAAACCAAGUUGUUAAAAAAUAUUUAACAUCGCUGUUCUUUGGCAGAGCAACAGCAGAAGAUGUCAAAACAAUGCUAGAAGAUUUACGUCAUAAUGAAAGGUUUUAUUUACCAUGGGAUCGUCUUUUUAAUAUUUCAGCAGAUGGUCCUAAUAUUAACAAAGCUAUUUGGAGAUUGUUAAAUGCUGAUCUUCAUAGCAAUGGUUUUAAUGGCUUUUUACCAUUUGUAAGUUGCACUUUGCACACAGUGCAUAAUGCUUUUCGAAAAGCAAUUAAUGUUGUCGGUGAGGAUGCUGAGCAGCUUGCAUUUGAUUUACAUACCUGGUUCAAGAAUGCACCCUGUAAAAUAGAAGAUUUUAAAAAAUUAUCAGAUUGCAUUUUUAUUGAAGAUGAAACAUUGUUUCUUCGUUUUGUCAAUACUUGAUGGCUCACUCUUUCUUCUUCACUUAUAAAGGUUCUAUUAAGGUGGGAAGACACCAAGAAAUAUUUUUUGGAAUAUAUUCCAAAACAAAAGGAGUAUAAAAAGACACUGACAAAGAACAAGCGUUAUAUUCGGAUUCAAAGAAGUCUUAGGGAAACUGAAAAUGUAAUUAAAGUUAUUCUUCUUAUUUUUUUUUUUGAAUUAUUACAUAUAAUAGAGAAUUGAUUAUUUUAGGAGUUACUUGUGUCCAUCAAAUUCCUUAUUGGUUUAGCUCCCUUGUUUAAGAAAUACUUGACAAUAUUUCAAGAUGAAGGACCACUUGUUCAUAUUUUAUUUUAUAAAAUGAAAAAUCUUUUAAUAUCUUUAAUGAAAUGUUUCCUUCAACCGACUGCUGUUAAUGGAAAGCUUACUAAAGAUCUUUUAAAAAUUGAUUCUUCCGAAUUUCCGAUUCAACUAUCCACCUGGAUUUGAAUAAAAUAAACUUUGGCGAGGAAGCUAAAAACCAGGUGAACAAAAUAUCAUGUGAAAAAAAAAGAUUUGUCUGCUUACAGCAAAUGAGAGAUGGAUAUAUAUCUGUUGUAAAACACUUGCAAAAAAAACUUCCACUUGAUUUGCAGAUAUUAAAAGAUAUGACUUGUUUGGGUGCUCAAAUGAGAUCAGAACCUUGGACUGUUAAUGCAAUUGGGCGAAUAGCAGUUACGAUGCCACAUGUAAUUACGGAAAGGGAGGUAUCAUUUGUGAAAGAUGAAUGGAAGUUAUACCAAGCAGCUAAUAUAUCAAAAGACUGGUAUAUAGAUUUUGAUACAAAAAAACUAAAAAGAGUAGACCAUUAUUGGGCUAAAGUUUUUGAAAGUAACAAUGAAUAUGGAAAAACAAAGUAUGGGUAUCUCAGUAAAGUUGUUAAGAGCUGUUUAACAAUUCAGAAUGGAAAUGCCAGUGCUGAGCGAAGUUUAUCUGAUAACAAAAAUACAUUAACUCCUGAGAGAGUAAAUCUAAAUGAUAAAACAUUAAUGGCUUUGAGAAUAUCAAAAGAAUAUGCAAGAAGUUGCAGAGGAGCAUAUAAUGUUGAUGCACUCUCCAAAGACUUUGUUCAUGCUGUUCGAAAUGCUCAUAAAAUAUAUAAAAAAAGAAAAGCUGAAGAAGACGAAGAAAAAAAAAAAAUUAUAUUCAUGAGCAAGAACUAAUGAAUAAAGAAAAAGAGCAGAAAGAAAUGCUUGAAAAAAUUGAAAAUCAAAAUAAAAAUUUAGAUCAACAGGAAAAAAGUCUAAAGAAUGAUGAAAAAAAUGCAGAUCUUGAGUUUCAGCUUGCUCAAAGAAUGCUCGAUGAAGCAGCAAAAUCCAUGCAAAGUGUCAUUAUUAAGGAAGACAUGAUGGGUAUAAAAAUUGCCCAUGAAAUGGUAAACAGCGCAAAAAUAAGUCUUGAAAAUGCUACAUCUCAUAGAAAUGAACAGAAAAAGUUGAGAGAAAAUAUUGGUUUAAAACGUAAAAGUGAAAUGGAUAGAUUAAUUGAGCGUUGCAAAAAGUU